AUGAAGCUCUUCAACCUUCUUGUGUCUUUUCUCUGCAUGGUCACUUCUGCUUCUUGCGGCGCCGCAGACACAGACAAAUUUGAGAGAUAUCGUUCACUCUCUCGCUCCGCUCCAAUCGAACUGACCGACUCGUCGUACGAAGACAUAACAUCUAAGCCUCGCGACUAUCAUGUUGCAGUGCUUUUGACAGCCGCAGAUGCUCGCUAUGGGUGUAUCCUCUGUCGCGAGUUUCAACCUGAAUGGGAGCUCAUCGCACGAAGCUGGAACAAAGGUUCCAAGCCCGAUGGACUUCAAAUGCUCUUUGGGACCCUUGACUUUUCCGAUGGAAAAGGCACCUUUCAGAAGUUGAUGCUCCAAACUGCGCCUGUCCUCCUGGUCUUUCCUCCUACCGUUGGCCCCUUCGCCAAGAUUGAUGACGCACCUCUGCGAUUCGACUUCAGCGGCCCGAUUUCUGCUGAACAGCUAUAUACAUGGAUGAACCGUCAGCUUCCAGAGGGCCCGAAGCCGCCACUUGUUCGUCCGAUCAACUACAUGCGACUUGUCUCCGGCAUAACCAUUUUGAUGGGUGCUGUGACGCUUUUCACGGUUUUGUCACCCUAUGUUCUUCCCAUUGUUCGCAACCGGAACUUGUGGGCUGCUUUCAGCCUGAUUGCCAUCCUCUUAUUCACAAGUGGCCACAUGUUCAAUCAUAUUCGCAAAGUUCCAUAUGUUGCCGGAGACGGUAGAGGGGGUAUUAGUUACUUCGCUGGUGGAUUUUCAAACCAGUUCGGCAUGGAGACGCAGAUUGUUGCUGCCAUUUAUGCCGUCCUGUCUUUUGCAACAAUUGCCCUGGCAAUGAAGGUGCCCCGUAUCGCAGACAACAAGGCACAGCAGGUAGCUGUGAUCAUCUGGGGUUCCGUACUUCUUGGUAUGUACAGCUUCCUUCUGAGUGUGUUCAAGACGAAGAAUGGAGGAUACCCGUUUUUCCUUCCGCCAUUCUAA